GAGGCUUCUCGCCGCGGAAUCUCUCCGCUUGCAGAUGAAACCCGCACUGGCUGGUGAGCUGCAGGCGGAUCGCCAGCGACACGUGCGGGGUGCCGGCGCCUCGCCGCAGGGUGCGGGUGCCCGCGGAGCCAGCCAGCCAGAGAGCCAGCGGGAGAGGAGAAAGGGUGGGCUCGCGGGUGGGCCCGGGAGGCGGAGACCUCUGGGAAGCGGGGGCCAAGCAGCGGUGCAGGCGGGGGGACUGCAGUGCCACCUCUCCCGAGAAAGCCCACAUUCUCGCACGCCCGCGCGCGCGCGCACGUGCACACUUUGGGCAGGGAGAACACGAGCGAGAGUCUUUGAGCGCUGGGCGCGUUUUAGCAAUGGCUUCUGCUCUCAACAGCAAAAUAAACCCGCCCGGGACUUGCCUGGAAUCCAAAGCCGACGCCCGCGGUGGCGCUGGCUGGAGAAUGGACUGUGAUCCCGAGAUGCACGUGAAAAUGUGCAAGAAGAUCGCCCAGCUCACCAAGGUGAUUUAUGCCCUGAACACCCGCCAGGAUGAGGCGGAGGCCAGCAUGGAGGCGCUACGGGAGGCGCACCAGGAGGAGCUCCAGAAUGCCAUGGCAGAGACCAAGGCCAGGGUCCUGCAGGAACAGGGCUGCGUGGAGGAGGAGGCCCUUCUCCAACGCAUCCAGGCCCUGGAGAGCGCCCUGGAGCUGCAGAAGAGGCUGACACAGGAGGCUCUGGCUGAGUCGGCCUCGUGCAGGCUGGAGACCAAGGAGAGAGAGCUGAGAGUGGAGGCAGAGCACGCCGAGCGGGUCCUCACGCUCUCCAGGGAAAUGUUGGAGCUCAAGGCUGACUACGAGAAGAGGCUCCAGCACCUGACGAGCCACGAGGCUCCCCUGAGGGGCCGGCUGCCCCAGGAGAGCCCUGACACGAAGUCAGAACCAGGCCAGGGCCCGGAGAUGCAGGAGGUCCUGCUAGAGGUGCAGCGGCUGCGAGUGGAGAACCAGCAGCUGAGCAAGGACUACGCGCGCAAGGCCGAGGAGCUGCAGGCCACCUACGAGCGGGAAAACGAGGCCAUCCGGCAGGCCAUGCAGCAGUCGGUGAGCCAGGCCCUGUGGCAGUGGCAGGAGAAGGAGUCGGACCUCCGCAAGAACUUCCAGGUCCAGGAGUCCGCCCUGCAGGCUCAGGUCCGGAAGCUGGAAGGAGACCUGGAGCACAGAGGCCGCAAGAUCAGUGACCUGAAGAAGUACGCCCAGAAGCUGAAGGAGAGGAUUCAGGACCUGGAUGUGCAGCUCAAGGAGGCUCGACAGGAGAAUUCAGAGUUGAAAAGCACUGCAAAAAAACUUGGGGAGAAGCUGGCUGCUGCCAAAGACAGAAUGAUGCUGCGGGAGUGUCAUGGGACGCAGAAGACAGAUGACAUGAAGACUGAGCUAGUUUCAGAGAAUGAAGUCCUGGGGGAAGAGAAUGACUUGGAAACCCACAAUCUUCAUCCUCAGCAGGAUCAAAGCCAUCCCAAGGAGUGUCCUUGCAUGAAAGGAAGCACAGACACACAGACCAAGAAAGAAGCAAGUGUUGAGACAGAAUAUAUGAAGCAACAAUAUGAAGAAGACCUCCGUAAAAUCAAACAUCAGACAGAAGAGGAGAAGAAACAUCUUAAAGACCAGCUGGUGAAGCGGCUGGAAGACUUGGUAAAGAAUCACACCAUGGAAAUCAAAUCAGUUCGCUCGUCCGUGGAGGCUGAAAGAAAGAAACUGCAGAAGGAAGUAGAAGCACAGUUGGAGGAAGUGAGGAAGAAAUCAGAAAAGGAGAUAAAGCAGCUGGAAGAAGAGAAAGCCGCCCUCAAUGUGAAGCUCCAGAAUUCUCUGCUCGAGGUUUUGAGGCUGGAAGAAUUUAUCCAACAAAAUAAGGCGCGCCCCACAAAGGCUGAGGAGAGGCCCCAGGAAUUAGGCUGCCAGCGCUGCAGCAUUCUGGAGACACAGGAUCCAUGCUUGAAGCUGAAUGAAACUUCACCGAGAGGGGAGGAGUAUCAAGAUAAGUUAGAAGCUGAAGAAGGAACCAGCAGUGAUGAAGAAGAAAGGAUCAAAGUGUCCCUCAAGGAGGGAAGUGACCCGCAACCUCCACUGGACUCUUUGUUGAAGGAGAACACAUCCGAAAUCCAGCAUCUACAGGAGGACUGGCAAAGCCAGAAGGCCAAACUGCAAGCCCAGGUCUUGCAGAUGCAGCAGGUUCUGGAGCAGUGCGCUAGCAACUACAGGGAGGACCUGCAGGCACUCAAGCAGCUCUCGGACCUCGAGAGGGAGAAGCUGCAGCGUGAGCUCCAGGAGAGCACUCAGCAGAACCAGGCCGUGAAAGCCCAACUCGAGGCUUCCCACCAGAGAGCCCUGCGCAUGCUGGAGAAGGCCAGACAUCAGGAACUCAAGGCCACAGAGGAACGCUUGAAGAAGGAAUCCAGCCACAGCCUCCAGAUCCAACACCAGUCGCACCGGCUGGAGCUCCAGGCCUUGGAGGAAAAGGCCAGGCAAGAGCUGCAGGAGGAGCGUGAGAGGAUGCAGGCCCAGCAGGCCCUGCUGCUAGAGGCCCUCAGGCAGGAGCUGUCGGAGCAGCAAGCUGCCUGCUCUGGGCACCAGAAGGAUUUGGAGGCACUGCAGGCUGAGCUGAAGGCUCUGGGCCGACGUCAAGCCAGCAGCCAGUGUCCAGGGGACAGUGAGGACCACAUCAUUGCCACAGAGGUACGGGGUGGCCCGGGCCAGGCCGGCUUCCCACCGGGCGCUGCUGGGCAGGGUCCCGGCGAGGGAUGCAGGCUCUGGGAGGAGAACGCGCAGCUCCAGGACGCGGUGCGGCGGCUGCGCGCGGAGGUGGAGCAGCAUCAGCAGGAGGCGCAGCAGCUCCGUGACCAGCGCAGGUUGCUGGAGGAGAAUCAGCAAGCCCAGCGGGCCAGGGAGGUGGAGACGCUCCGCCAGGAACACCGGAAGGAGAUGCAGGCCAUGGUGGCAGAUUUCAGUAGUGCUCAGGCCCAGCUCCAGGCCCGGCUGGCUGCCCUGGAAGCCGAACUGAAAGAUUCUGGAGAGAAGCCAGGGAAGGGAGCGUCCAGGCCUGAGGACCUUCAGCUCAUAGGCCGCCUGCAGACCCGGCUGAAGGAGAGAGAGGACAUCAUCAGGCAGCUCACGGAAGAGAGAAGAUUUCACUACACAGCAUUCCCCAGUGCAAUGUCCCACCGGAAUCGAUCUUUUUCUUUCAAUCCUCACCCGGGAUAUUUGACUCCUUCCAUGAAGAAGAAGAAGAUGGAGGACGUGCCCAGCCGCGUGGUCAGCGUGCCAAACCUUGCCUCCUACGCAAAGAACUUCCUGAGUGGCGAUCUGAGCUCCAGGAUUAAUGCCCCUCCAAUAACUAAAUCACCCAGCUUGGACCCAAGCCCCAGCUGUGGCCGGCCCUACAAACCCAACCAGUCUCUGGAUGCAAAAACUGCCACAAGGACACCAGACGGUGAAACGGAUCAACCCAAAGAAGCCCAGCAGAAACAGGGCUCUCCGCACCAGGAAUGGUUUACCAAGUACUUUUCUUUCUAAGCUAAUCUUUCAGAUACAUCACAAAGAGGAUACCUGAAAAACAUUUCUUUUAAAUCAUCUGAUUGAAGGAAUGAACUAAAACCAACCAACCAAAUAAUAUGCUUGUAAUAUGAUUUAUAUAUGAUAGCUAAAACAAAUUUUUGCAUUAACAUUUCAUACUGUUCUGCCAGGCACCGUGGCUCAUGCCUGUAAUCCCAGCACUUUGGGAGGCUGAGGCAGAGAGAUCGCUUGAGUCCAGGAAUUUGAGACCAGCCUGGGUAAUAUGGUGAAACCCAGUCUGUAUAAAAUAUACAAAAAUUAGCCAGGCAUGGCGGCAUGUGCUUGUGGUCCCAGGUAGUUGGGGGGCUGAGGUGGGAGGAUUACUUGAACCUGGGAAGAAGAGGUUGCAGUGAGCCAAGAUGGAACUCCUGCACUCCAACCAACCUGGGUGACAGAGGGAGACCCUGUCUCAAAAAAAAGAAAAAAAAAUCAUAUUUUUCCAUGGUGACAGUUCAUGACAAAUAUCUUGACAUUGAACAAACCAGUGUUAUUAAAAAGCAUCUACAGGGAAAUGUUAUUUGCAUUACUAAUGACCUAUAUUGUAUUUCUAGUGUCUAAAACAUCAUACUCCAUUUUGUGGAAUAUCAGACUUUGUGACUUCCAUGAUCUACUUUAAAAGUGGUUUAACUGUCCUUAGGAUGCUAGUCAACUCACAGAUGAGUUUUUUCUAUGUAAAAUGAUACAAUUCCAAAAUGCACAUCUAACCUCAAGAGGAAGACGAAUAAAAGUUCAAAAUAAACAGGAAAGCCAACUAAAAAGAAAACAAACCAAACCUACCAGAAAUGGAUGGUAGCAUGCUUGGAUUGAAUUUUUCACUUGCUUGGUCUAAGACAAGCAGCAGAUUAUAUAUAGAUGGGAUAACACCUACCUCUAAAAGGGCUUUGAAAGGAUUAUGCAAGAUAAUGUAAGUUAACAUGAAUUGGAAUUAAGCACCACAGGUUUUUCUGUAAAUAACCAAGCCCAGCCGUUAUAGGUCUCAAUUUAAUGACUGCAGUGUCAACCUGAUCAUUUGUGAAGGCCUCUAGACGAUCUGGUAUUUGAAGUCAAAGAUCUUCUAGACUGGGCACCUGGCUCAUGCUUGUAAUCCCAACACCUUGGGAGGCCGAGAUGGGAGGAGAACUUGAGGCCAGGAAUUUGAGACCAGCCUGGGCAACACAGUAAGACCCUCCAUCUCUACAAAAAGAAUUAGCCAGGCACAGUGAUGGGCACCUGUCGUCCCAGCUACUUAGGAGGCUGAAGCAGGAGAAUAGUAUGAGCCCAAGAGUUCGAGAUCAGCCUGGGCAACACAGUGAGACCCCAUCUCUACAGAUAAAAACAAACAACAACAAACUCCUGAACCUCUGGUCUUUGGGUUGGAGCCAUUUGUCUCAUGGUGCGUUGCUUCUUCACUGCAUGGAUUUCCAGUGGAUUAAAGGAACUGGAAUGGCUGUUCAUGGUGCUUACACUGCUCUCAGUCCACACUGUCUUGUCUUACCUUCUGACGGAGCAAUGUGAUUUGACAAGACUCAAUGCAACUUUCAGUGGGUUAAAUACUUUUUCAGUCUUUGGUGCUGGCCCAGGAAGUGGCCCACAAACCAAUGUUAAUUCUAUGCAUUGUCAAACCUUUGCUCUUUGAAUAAAACUUUGAACAGCUGGGCAA